AACGCCAGACUUUCAGUUUACGUGUUUUUAUGGGAAUGAAAACUCCUGCGUGCUGAAAAUGGGAUGUUGUUUUUCCUCUCCUAAUGAAGACGGCGAGUCAGAACCUUUGCUCCGGACAAGCAGUAAAACACUAUCAGAAUCUGCAAGACCACUGAGACCCACUACUAAUGAUGUGGUUCAGAAGAAAGGCAGGUAUUUGGCUCGUCAUGUUGGAAUCGAUGACCUGGACGAGCGUUUCAGAGAUGUCGCUGAGACGUUUAAUAAACAGCAGGAGGAUUAUGAAACAAUGAAGGACACACUUGAGAAUCUCGCAAACCACUACAAAUGUCCACCCGAUGUCAGUCUGUCUCAGUGCCUGAAGAAAAUCAAGCAGGAACACAACCUGCAGCACAUCAGUCUGGAGGUGAAAGGCUACGACUUCUCUCUGACGGUGCGAUCAGACACGGAGAUCUCCGGCAAACUGAAGAGGACACAAGAGAGCAUCGCGGAGAUGAGCAAAGCUGCUAAAGCCGUCAUUUCGGUGGCUACGAAACUGCAGGAGAUGAUGGUCUGGCUCCUGAAGGCGGAGGAAAGCAUGAUUCAGCAGGUGGAGGCUGCUGAGUCCAGACACCAAGAGCGGAAGAGACUGCUGGACAACCUGAAGAAAAACCUUGUGGAAACUCAGAGAGCUAAAGAACUGAGUCCGAAGUACAGGAAAGAGGCUGGAAAUCUUCUGAACGAGGCCGCUGUGCUGUCUGGGAUCACACCGUAAAGUGAAUGGUUACACUAUUGAAAAUAAAGGUUGUUUCUAGAGUGGAGGAACUAUGAUGUCACAUUGUAGGCCGAUUGGAUGUUAGCAUUACACUGGUUUCCUUGAUUAAAAACCCAUUAAAUUUUAGGCUUUUAGGAUAUUGUAAAUACUAUGUUUUAUGUCCCUGCUGAAAAAUCAAGCUUAAACCAGCCUAGACUGAUUGGCUGGUUUUAGCUGGUUGACCAGCCUGGUUUUAGAGGGGUUUUGGCCAUUUCCAGGCUGGUUUUCAGCCAUUUCCAGCCUGGUCUUAGCUGGUCAGGCUGGAAAAUGACCAGCUAAAUCCAGCUAAAACCAGCAUGCUAGUCUGGUUUAAGCUAGACAUAGCUGGUUUUGGCUGGGCUCCCAGCCUGGCUUGGCUGUUCAAGCUGGUUUUAGCUGGUCAUCACCCAGCCUGUCCAGCUAAGACCAGGCUGGAAAUGGCUGGAAACCAGCCUGGAAAUGGCCAAAACCCCUCUAAAACCAGGCUGGUCGACCAGCUAAAACCAGCUAUCAGGGCCUAGGCUAGUUUAAGCUGGAUUUUUCAGCAGGGUUGUAGAGUAAAAAGUGAAAGCGUCUCGAUUUUGAGUUUACCACAGACCUUAUUGAUUUACUAUUUUAACCACAAUGGCGUUCAAAAAAACUCAAUUAAUCUGAGACGAUGGAACUGGUACUGCUAAAAUGCUAACUUGCUUCUGGGUUUUUGCAUUCAAAUUGACAUCAUAGUUCCUCUACCUACAUCUAUUAGCAUAGAUGAAGAACAUUUUAAUAAACAGUUCACCCAAAAAUGAAAAGUACAGGUUAUUAACUCACCCCCAGGCCAUUAAAGAUGUAGAUGACUUCAGUAGAGCAUUAAAGAAGAUGAAUGUUUGGUCAUUGGUGAUCCAUAUAGUGCAAGAGAUUGAAAAUAAACACAAAGAUCAGAUCAAUCCACGUGGCUCCUGAUGAAACACUGAGGGCUUUAGUAGCAAACAAUUGGUCUGUGUGUAUCGGAGGCCAGCUAGUAAGUGCUGUGCAGGUAAACCUCACUCCUCUGAACAAAAUAUUUAUUUUGGAAAUCUUCAACCAAGUGACCAUCUGUUUAUUUUUACCUCAUAAACCAUUGACUUGCAUUAUACAAAUAAUUAAGGGCCACGGAUUCAGCUAAGAAGCUUCUUUAAUGUUAUACUGAGGAAUAAAAUGUCACCUACACCUUCAAUGGCCUGAGGGUUGGUAAAUUAAACGUUUUUGCGUGAACUAUCCUUUUAACAUCCAUGGAAACUUUAUAUUCCACAAAAGUUCCUGUUGUCAUCCAAAGGCAAAGCGCAGUAACAUUUGGUCAGAAUCGAGUUAAAGCCUAAAACAGGCUUUGUGCCAUCUGUUCGGUCUCGUGAUGAAGUUUCAGGGUUCGUUUUUGUCCUGUUGUAGAGAAAUUAAACCACUAAUCUGCACACAAGAUUUUUGACCGGCUGGCAAAUAACUUUAAAGAAAUAGUUCACCCUAAAAUUACUUGAACAUUUACUCGCACACUAGCGGUUCUAAACUUUUUGUUGAGCACAAAACUAGAUAUUCUGAAGAAUGAUUAAAAAAAGCAGCCAUUGACAUCCAUUUUGCUCCUGCAAUAUCUGUAAAUUAACAAUUUUCUGUAUUAUGUGAUGCACGAUUGAUUAAAAUAUGACUUAUUUAUGCUUUUUAAUCCUUGAUCUUUCCUCCAACAACUUUUAUUGACAUUCUGAAUAGUUUAAAGUCAAACAUUGUUUAGUUUUGUGUUGUAAAUUAUAAAACAAUAACCUAAAAAUAAACUGCCAGUAAUUUUCAUGUUAUUUUACAGACUUAAUUCUCUAUAUAUUAUACAUUAUAAUGUUUCAACAUUAGUAAUAGUCAUUUUGAUCAAAUGCAGAGUUGAAUUUUCAUCAUAAAAAGUCAACAGAGCAGAGAUCGACAUCCUAUAAUACAAGCCACAAUCGUAAAUAAACAGAAAUAAAUGUAAAUUAUGCAAUGCAGAACCGGUUAAUUAACUGAUAUUUAUUGACAGCACACUAUGGAAGUCAAUGGCUGUUUUUCCCUGCAUUCUUCAGUAUGUCUUCCUUUGUGUUCAGCAGAAGAAACUGAUGAGUAAAUGGUGAUGAUAAAUGACAUUUGUGUGUGAACUAUCUCUUUUAAAGCAUUAUACUCAGUGUUUGAGAAAUUACUGCGCUUCACUUUAAGGCUAGUAUAGUAGAGAAAACUAUUCAGUAGCAUCAUUGUGAAACCCUGUUUUUGGCUCUUCCUGACACCUUUAUUUUUAAGAGUGUAAAUAAAUGAAGAAGAGAUUUAUUUAUCUCUAAAGAAGGGAAUUUCUGUGUUGCAUCAGCAAAUUAAA